AUGGUGUUAAAUAGGGAAAGGGGGAUUUACGAGGCCUGUCAACCCGGACAGCACAACCAUCCCGGCAAGCCCCGCCCCUUUCCUCAGCCACCCCCAGUAAGUCCUGCCCCGCCCCCUACCCCUUGGCUCCGGCUCUUGAGCAGCAAGGGCGCCCAGCUCCGGGUUGGCCCAUCACCGCAGCCCGGCAUCCCGGAGCUACCCAGAGCAUCCCUCCAUGGACUGAUUCCAGAAAGAUGCUCCGGGGGUUCAGAUUGGACUCUGGGAGGGACCGGGACACCAUCUGCAUGGUGUUUUGGGGCCGCAGCAGCUCCUGGCCUCUCUGCAGGCCUGAGGGCUCCAAGGUACCCCUCAGGAUCCAGGGAACCCAGAAGCCCCCACGCCGCCGCCGUAAGCCCAGAGUGGGACUGGAACUGGGUCCCACUCCUAGAUGCGGGGCGGAGGCCAGGAGCCCUCCCAGCUCUAGAGCCAGUGCAGACCACAACACAAACAUUCUUCCGUCCUCUAUUCUCCUCCAAAUUAGGUAUCCAUGGAGACAGGGCCGGCAGGCUGACAGCCCUACGGCCCAAUCCUGAUUUAGUGACGGUCCCUUUAACAGCCCACCCACCCACCCACCCUGCGUUCCGGGCCGCCGCGGGGCGCUGGCUCCAGGCCGCACGCACUCUCCCCCGCACUCUCCCCAGCGCCGAGCCCUCCGCAGCCCUUGGCCAAGAGGGACACGGGGCCCGAGGGGACCCAACAUUUGCCUACUGCGUGCCCCACACAUUGCGGAGGACGCGAGGGGUCCCAGCCUGGGAAUCUCUGCAGAGUAGACCCGAGAGGGCUCCUAGAGUGCAGAAGUUUAAAGGGUUGGGAGCCCGGGUCGCUGCCCCCUCCGUCCUCGCCAGGAGCCCGGGUGCAGGGGGCACAGCUUCGUGCCGCUCCUCGGUUCGGAAGUGGGGCUGCGCUCUCGGGAUCGGGCGCGCGGACACCCAGGUGCGAGCGCUGGCGCGCAGGGACCCGAAGUACCCCGACCUCCUGUCACAGCCCGUCUCGGUGCUGGGGAAUCUGCGAGCCGGGAACCCAGCCCCCACCCCUCCCGCACACAGGGGCCGCCGGACAAAGACCUGGCGGAGUGGGAGGGGCCUGCGGGCCGGCCUCGGCCUCCGGCCGCAGGAUCCUUCUGGGACCCGAACCCGCAAAUCCCGGCUCCCACCCCCAACCCCACAAACUCUCCCGAGCCCGCGCCUCUCAAAAGCCACAGCCCUGCGCCCGGGCGGACCGCAAGGCGGGUGCCCUUCGGCGGUCAGGCGCGACCCGCGCGGAUCCCCUGCCCCGGGAAGUGACCCUCGGCUCCCACGCACCGCCGAGGCUCCGGUCUGCCUCGCCCUCCAGCCUCCGCCAGAUGGAACCCUGCGAUCCGCGGCCCCCGCCCCGCCGCCCUCGCACGGCCCCAAGCCCGCGGACAAAGCUCCGGACACCGGCCACAGUCGCCACCCCUUUGACCCUGGGCCGCCUGCGUCCGCGCCCAGCCUCGCAACGCGUACCUCGGCAUCCCGGCCGGGUCCUAGAGCUUUUCUCCUACCUCUGGACUGUUCCCUGCUCCUGGUGUCUGAAGCUGGGGCAAGAAAUUCCUCCAGCAGGACAUGAGAGGAGGCGAAGACUGCCAUAGCCACAGAGCACACACAGAUGCUGCAGGAGGGUUGAAGACUGAGGAUUCCAGCCUGUACAAGGCCAGAAGGAUCUGGGAGCGACACUAAGUUUGGGGAACACUGGAAGAGACACUUAUUCUGCUGUCUCUGGGGGCAUCAACUCUUGGCCUAGCAAGAAGCCUGCAGUUCUUGUCUGAGAACAAUUAUGCCCCUAGGGGCUAGGUGCUCCCUAGCAGGAAAUGGGGCCCAAAAAAUACUCCCUCUUCAGGAAUGAGGCAGGCCUAAGACUGGGUACAGAGCAGAAUGUGUCUGGCAGCCAUUAGGAAGGGAGCUGGGGCUGGGAGGCCUCAGGCUUCAGGGGGUCAGGAGUGACCCCUGCCAAAUGUCCAAUUCCAAAGCCAAACGUCACAGGCAAUCCAGGAUUCCAAGCUCACCCCACGUGUGGUUCCCAUUAGAGCUGGCUGGGGUCUUCCUGAAGGCCAGGCUGGAUUCCUGAGACCCUCCCCCUGCACAGUCCCUCCCCUCUUCAGGCUGUUUGGAAUGUCAGACCCAGCCUUACCAGCACCCACCUUGGGAUUUCAGGAGACUAUCCCUCAAAAUAGGCCUCCCCACCACCUUGGAACAUCUUGUUGAUGUUGCUUUGCAGUUUCUUAAAGGUGACCAAAAGGAGUUUUUUGAUCCUCCUAGAAGAGCUAAUCCCUGAAGCCCCCGCUGCCAUACUUGGGAAGUCUUCCCUCCUCUCCGGGUCAGCUGCUUUUAUUCAUGCUCAGGCCUCUGACCUUCAGCUCCCAGGCUGUCCCUCCACACUGCCCCUCUGGCCUGCCACACAGAUCAUUUUCUUCCUCACAAAGCAACCCCGAGCUUUCCGUCCACUCUGCUGCCCAGCAGGCCCAAUCUGGCCCCUAGUUAUGUUCAUGUCAUGGUAUUUUUGGCUCUCACAAUAUUUUAAAGUUUCAUCAAAUAGUUGUCAAUAUUUAAAAAGCAGAAAGCUACACAUUAAAAAAAAAAAGUCCUUUUCUGAUUUUUCUUGAAAAUAUCCAACAACACUGAGCUUGUAUUCCUGGGUGGCUGUAACUCGUGGAGCUGCCUGACAGCUGUGGCUCUCAGAAGGGAUCCUCCUGGCUUCCCUGUGCUCCAUAGUUCUUGCCAGUCCCUUCUCUUGCCCAAGCAAAUAAAUAGCCUGCCUGCCUCUCCCCACUCCCCCACCUCGGUGCUUGGGGUGGAACCCAGGACCUCACACAGGCUGGGCAAGUGCUCUACACUGAGCCACAUCUGCAGCUCUAAAUACCUUUCUUGUCACCAGGCUAACGCUGACCUUUUUAUCUUACUUCCUGUCGGUUUCACUGCUUCUGGCCAUUUAUGUUCCUGUCUAUGUUAGGUCUGAGAAAGGUAGAGGAAGAGGAAGGAAGGGAGUAGAGAAGGGGUGGAAGGAGCGGUGGAAAGGAGUAUAAAAUAUAAGUAACCUUUAUUUCAGGAAUUCGGGGAGAGACCACCCCUGCCCCCCGGCCCCGGGGCGCAGCAUCUCCACCCCGGGGCCGGCGGUCUCUCUCUGGAACACACUCUCCCUUUCUUCUGUCGAACACGUGGAGUGAGGCCCACAAGUAGCCUCUGUCUGGAGUGGACCCCAAGGGGCAUUAGGGAUGCACAGGUAUUUCAUUGGCACACGUUUGGCUCCAGGGACAGGUUCUUAGGGAUGGGGGUAUAGGGUUACAGGUAAAUCUAUAGGGGCGGGGGAGGCAGGAGCCCCCUAACUUGGCUGAGGUUUUUCCUGGUUAAAGUGUCCGGUCUGGGCCAGCAACUCUUUCAUAUAUCCCUUCUGGUACAGAUGUUGGGGAACAAUUAUAAUGUAGGAACACAUUUAUAAGAUAGCAAACUUAUAGAUAUUUUAUGAUCAAUUAGAAGUCUGACCAAGUUUUUGUUCUGCUAUUUCUGCUAAAUUUAAUUGAUCCUGAUGGUGUCUACAGCUUAGCUGCAAAUCUGAUGAGCAGAGUCAGAGCAAUUGUCUAUAACUUAAGGCACCCGGGCUAAUUCAAGGGCCCCCUCUAUUAUGGUAAUGCCUUUAGCUAUGCUCACUCUAAAGGCCCCUACCCCUUGUUCCCAGAGUGUUUCUAUAUUGAGUGUUUCUGUAUUAUGAUGAACAAUUCCUUUGUUUCAAGACUAGCCUGCUUGUCAAUAUAUAACUUCACGUAUGUAACCAAUUAUAUAAUGUUUAGUCACUUGCUUUGUACUUCCGACUUCUAAAUUCUAUAUAAACUAAACUCUUCCUAAAGUCAGUGCUGUUGCCUUUGAGGAAUUAUCCUGCAACAGUCCACUAAUGUAAAGAUCUAACAGUCUGCACGUGUAAAGAUUAAAUGCUGCCUUCUCA